CUGGUGGUGUUUGGGUCCUCUGGAACAAUGCAACUUGUUGUGACACUGCUUUUUGAUUCUGAAAAAAUGAGCUGUACUGCCUGAGCUGCAGUCAGUGGAGCCCACUACUUUUUGCUACGCGGAGAGCGCACUUCUCAUGUUGUGGGAUACUAGGCAUCAAGAACCAUUCAGAAAAUGAUCUGUGAUGAUGCGGGGGCAUACAUCCAGACCCAGACAAACAGGGGCACUCUUCCAGGAGACCCAGACACGUUUGCAGUGGAUACGUCCUCGUCCACACCAAUUGUUUCCCCGCGAUAAGGAUGAUCGCGAGCCGGUCGAUGAACGUGAUGAAGAUGAAUCCGAUUGAAAUGAGUUAGUAUCGAUAAGUCAGGAACUGCUUCCGAGAAAAUAAUUGAAAAAACCUCGUGUAAAAUGAAAGAAUCAUCAAAAGUCCUGUCUUAAAUAAAAACAACAGAGGACCUUCUUCAAGCUGCUGACUGCACUGCUUUACCGUCAUCGUAG